UUUCCAAACUUCAUUUCUAUAUACUUUUUUUCAUUUUACUAUUUGCUUUAGGUUAUCCAUUAAAAUUCGAAUUAAUUGAUCAAAGGGUGAAAAAAAGAGGUUCACAGUUCACAGACAGAUUCGUUUCUCUCUUUCAAGCACUGCUUUAUUAAAUGCUGCUACAUCCUCCUCAUCAAUCCACACCCACUCCACUUCCCUCUCCUCCAUCAAUCCCAAUUUCCAAGACAUGCUUCUCUCACUCUUCUUCUUCUCCCUCUGCUUCGCCGGUGGUUACUCCGACCCGGUAACAUGCUCCGGCAUAGUCCCGCACCGCCAGCGCACCGACACCAUUUCCAUCACCGAUUUCGGCGGUGUCGGCGACGGCCGGACGCUCAACACGAAGGCGUUCAGGGAGGCGAUUUACCGGAUUGAGCACGUGAGGAGGCGCGGUGGGACUCUGCUUUUCGUGCCGCCAGGGGUUUACUUGACGGAGAGCUUCAAUCUUACCAGUCACAUGACUCUUUAUCUUGCUGCUGGUGCUGUUAUCAAAGCUACACAGGAGUUGGGGAAUUGGCCUUUAAUUGCACCUUUACCAUCUUAUGGAAGAGGAAGGGAACGCCCUGGAGGAAGAUAUGUGAGUUUUAUCCACGGAGAUGGAGUCAGAGAUGUAGUCAUCACAGGUGAGAAUGGGACAAUUGAUGGGCAAGGAGAUGUGUGGUGGAACAUGUGGAGGCAGAGAACCCUACAAUUUACAAGACCUAACCUGGUUGAAUUUGUGAAUUCCAGAAACAUUAUUAUAUCAAAUGUGAUUUUCAAAGAUUCUCCCUUCUGGAAUAUACACCCUGUUUACUGCAGCAAUGUUGUUGUUCGAUAUGUCACAAUUUUGGCUCCUCGUGACUCUCCUAAUACUGAUGGAGUUGAUCCAGAUUCAAGUUCCAAUGUCUGCAUAGAGGAUUCCUAUAUAUCUACAGGAGAUGAUCUUGUGGCUGUGAAGAGUGGGUGGGAUGAAUAUGGAAUUGCAUAUGGUCGCCCUAGCUACGGUAUCACCAUCCGGCGUAUAACAGGAUCAUCUCCAUUUGCGGGAAUCGCAAUCGGAAGCGAAACCUCCGGUGGGGUGGAGAAUGUACUUGCUGAGCACAUCAACCUGUUCAACAUGGGAGUUGGUAUCCACAUCAAGACAAACAGUGGCAGGGGAGGGCUUAUCAAGAACAUAACAAUGUCUCAUGUCUACAUCGAGGAGGCAAGGCAGGGUAUAAAAAUUGCAGGUGAUGUUGGGGACCAUCCAGAUGAAAAAUUUAACCCUAAUGCUCUACCAGUUGUUAAAGGUAUCACAAUUACGAAUGUUUGGGGUGUGAGGGUUCUUCAGGCAGGUUUGAUAAAAGGAUUGAAAAAUUCCCCAUUCACUGAUGUCUGUCUCUCUGAAAUCAACCUUCACGGCAUGUCGGGACCUAGAUCCCCCCCUUGGAAGUGUUCUGAUGUGUCUGGAUUUGCUCAUCAGGUUAGCCCAUGGCCAUGCUCUCAGCUCAGCAGCCAAGAGACUGGAUCAUGUGCCAGUUUCUCCCGAGAUUAGAGAAUUUCCAUCCUUCUGAGUAUUGUAUUAUAGUAGUAAUUGAGUGCUAUUUUAUUUGAUUUAUUACAAUGAAAGGCAAGAAGCCCCCUUUUGAAUUAUAUGAUAUAAUAUGCAUCUAAAUUGAGUCAAA